UAUUAAUCUCUACCGCAAGAGAUUCUACCCGCCCCAAAAUCUAUCUACCUACGGGAAGCAUUAAGUUGGGUCCAGAGGCGAACAACGGCCUCGCACUUUCGAAUUGUCGCCGAGCAUUGCAUUUAUUCCACCUUUAGCCUUCUUUCGCGCCACAAUCCUAUAACGUAUACAGAUCCUCACUCAAGUCUUGCCAGUCACCCCGCUCAUUUUUCUUCAACCCAGCAAACGCCGGUUGUUGUUGUGAAGGCUUGGGCAAGAGGUCACCAUCGCGACUUGAUCCUCGGCGGGCAAGUUGCAAAGUGAAUUGGUUCCUCAACCUUUCCUUCUCCCUUCUCACAUUCAUUCUUGGCGUCCUUGUAUACCGACAUACCUAAUGGGUGAUGCUACUCUUCCUCCGGGCUCCGGGAAAGAGUUUACCCAGGUUCAGCAGCAGCACAGCAACUACAACAACCACCAGCAGCAACAUGCGUUCGCAUCCCAGUACGACAUGACACAGCAGCAACAACCCUUUGGUCGCGGCCUGUCAGGGCCAUACAACAUGGGUAUUAUGAUGCAUGCUCUCCCCCAUCCCAGCUACCGGCCAGGACAGCAGCAGCAACAUCAGUAUGGUAGUCCACCCAAUACCAACGGUAAUGCCCAGCCGAUGCCACAGGCUCAUGGCAACGGCACUAUGAGUUCCAUGCCAGUUCCUCAGUAUUAUAUGCAACAGCAGCAUGGUUUGCCGCCCCAGUAUUACGCCCAGCAAAUGCAGGGCUCGCCGCAGCAGCAGCAGCAGCAGCAUCAUCAUCAUCAGCGGGGCUCGAUGUCACCCAGAGCAAACAUGGCGCUCUAUCAGCAGCCACACACGCAAGGACAGCAAUAUUACUAUCCGCAGGGUGCUCAGUUUCAAAACCAUGGUCCAAUGUCACAGAACCCGAUGCUUGCAGGCCCGUACCCACUGGCAAGUCCUAUGCAACAUGCCGAUCCUCGCCUCGCUCAAAGUCAGGUGGGCGAUCAGAGAGACGGUGACAACACGGAACAGUCACAGCCCAGAGAUGGGGCUAGGUUUGAAGCGCAAUCCAACGUCGUUCGUGGUCCGCCUCGAAAGCCAAGACAAAGUGGACAUGCUAUCUGGAUUGGAAACUUACCACCGCAGACUGAUCUGAUGAGCCUAGUGUACCACGUGUGCAAGGAGGCGCCUGGAUUGGAGUCACUUUUCCUUAUAUCCAAGAGUAACUGUGCAUUCGCCAACUUCAAGGAUGAAGAAGCUUGCAUUUCGGCCCAACAAAAAAUCCACGACUCCAAGUUUCAGUCGGUCAGGCUUGUCAGCCGGCUGCGCAAGAGCACAGUUGAAGGGGCCACUGGGCUUACAGCUCCGACUGGACCGGCUGCAUCGGCCCCGCAGUCUAAUAUCUCUCAGGAGGUCAAGGGCGAUGCGGUGUCUGUGGUGACGACAACUGAGGAUGUGACAACAUCGUCAAAUGUUUCGUCUCCCAAGGUCGCCUCGCCAGCGCCUGUGGAGCCGGACCGAUCUGUGCCACAGAAGGAGAAGUACUUCAUUCUCAAGAGUUUGACUGUCGAAGACCUCGAACAAAGCAUCAAGACAGGGAUCUGGGCCACCCAGGCGCACAACGAGAAAGCUUUGAACAAGGCUUAUGAGACCGCUGAAUCUGUCUAUUUGAUUUUCUCGGCUAAUAAGUCUGGAGAAUAUUUUGGUUACGCUCGCAUGACAUCCCAAAUCAACGAAGACCCGGCAGCGGCGGUCGAGUUCGCGCCCAAGGCACAGGCGGCCAGCGACGUGGCGUUACCAAAGGCUAUACCGACCGAGGCUAAUGAAUACAUGCCAAAGGGCAGCAUAAUGGACGACUCGGAGCGGGGCACUAUAUUCUGGGAGGCCGACCCUCCCGAGGACGCCGAUGGGGUUGACAGCAACGAGACAACAACCACAGCAGCGGCCGACGACACGGUUAGCACCAAAAGCGGCGAGACAGGUGGUGUCGACUCCAAGGUAUGGGGGAAGCCAUUCCAGAUCGAAUGGCUGAGCGUUGCGCGGCUACCGUUCUAUCGUACCAGAGGCAUCAGGAACCCAUGGAACUCGAACAGAGAGGUGAAGAUUGCCAGGGAUGGGACGGAGCUUGAGCCCAGCGUUGGAAGAAAGUUGACUGGCCUCUUCACAUCGAGGGGAGUAGGCCAGAUGCAGCAGCAACACCAUCAACACCAACAGCAUCAUGUUAUGAACGGCGGUAUGCCGAUGCAGGGCGGCAUGGUUCAUGGGUAUCCGCCGAUGUAUGCACAAUAA